AAUUCACUGGAACUAGGUACGAUUAAUUAAUCGAGCAGCCGGUGAUCGUCCACUUCUCUUCUGCCUAUUUCUCGAGCAGAAAAUCACUGGAGUUUUGCUCGUAGAGAGAGGUAUGUGCGAAGGUAGGUGAGAAGGAGAUAUAUAAUUAGAUCUAGUGGUUUAGGAGCUUGCUAUGGAUGAUUUAGAGGCAGCAGCUGCAUCAACAUGGCGGAAUUUUCACUAGGAGGUGGUCGACAAGGCGCGAGCGGCAGCGGUGGUGGUGACGAAGAAGGUAUCAUUCCUCCCGAGGGUUUAUUCCUUUACAGCAGCGGAAGCGGCGGAGGCAGCAGUAGAUCGACGGAGGCCAUCACCCGGGGGUUUGAGAUAUGGCAGCAGCAGCAGCAGCAAGGGGUGAGGCACCCGGCGGUGCAGAAUCUCCACAUCGCCUCGGCGCCAGCGGCGUUGCUCUCGUUCUCGAGUGAGGGGGCUGCGGGGGCGCCGCUCCAGGAGGCGAGAGGGAUGAGCUCGUCGUCGUCGUCGCGGGGCGGGGGGAUGAGCUGCCAGGACUGCGGCAACCAGGCGAAGAAGGACUGCUCCAACCUGCGGUGCCGCACCUGCUGCAAGAGCCGUGGGUUCGAGUGCGCCACACACGUCCGCAGCACGUGGGUCCCCGCCGCCAAGCGCCGGGAGCGCCAGCAGCACCACCUCUUUGUCCGCUCCGGUGCAGCCUCCGCCCAUCCUCCAGCCGCCGAGCCUUCUAAGCGCCCCCGGGAGGGGGCCAUUCUCAACCGCCUCUCCACCGGGGGCACUUCAUCAGGCGGAGAAAUAAGCUUUCCGGCGGAAGUGAGCUCGCUGGCGGUGUUCCGGUGCUUACGAGUAAGCUCAGUGGACGAGGCGGAGGAGGAGGAGUUCGCGUACCAGGCAGCGGUCAGCAUCGGCGGCCACGUCUUCAAGGGCAUCCUCUACGACCACGGCCCUGACCAUUCCUCCUCCUCCUCCUCCGCCACCGCAGCCACACUCGCUCUCACCGCCGGCCCCUCCUCUACGUCGGUAACGGUAGCAAGCGUGCCGGCUUCAGCCUGCCUAUUGGAUCCUUCCGCUCUCUAUCCGACUCCGCUCAACGCGUUCAUGGCCAGCACUCAGUUCUUCCCCCACCAGGGGCACGGCCAUGGCCAUGGCCACCACCAUCCCCCACCAAGGCAAUAGCUAGAGAUCAUAGAUAGAGCCAAUUCACAAUUAUCCAAGGCAAGACUACUUUUAUAUGGAUAUGUAGAUCAUUAAAAUUCACUUAAUUAGCUUAGAGCUACAGUAAUUAUAAUUAAGCUCCUUGAUCAAUUAUUGUCAUCUUCUUCACA